AUGGAAUUUUCAAUCCCUUAUGCAAACCCUAAUGCAAAUUUUUUAACCCAAACAAACUCUUCAGCCCUCCAAAGCCGAAAAUCAGUUCCAGUCUCUCAUCUGCCUAAACUCAAAAAUAAUGAUGAGUCAAAAAAUGUGCUGGGGCUCCUAGAAGAAAGUAGGAAGCUUGAACUGAUCCACCGAAGCCUUGUUGAAAAGAAUAAGCUGACAAACAAACAAAUCCAUUAUUUAAGACUUCCUACAAUUCCUAGAGAAGAAUCAGCUGAACUAGAAAAAUCAUCAGUUAGCGAUUCAGCCUACAUAAAACCUGAAGUCCCAAUACAUACAGUAAACCUGGAAAUUUCAAAAGAAAUUUCCCUACCAAACAAUAGCACCUAUAUAAAAAGCAAAAAAAAAGUCCCAGUUCCUGAAAUUGUUUCUGAUGAGACCAGCAGAAUCUUGGAAAACCAAUGGGACGGGUCCUCAAUCGUGGACUCAAAUAUGAAGGAUUUUAUCUUCCGUCCUAAUAAGCAGCAGAGGACGACGAUCUAUCAUGUCGAAGAUAUCUUUUCAGCUGAAAGAAAAAGCUCAAUUAGGCCUAUUACUUCUGAGAGAAAGCAAAUUAGCGUUAGAUUUGCUCAUAAAUCACUUAUAGGUGAUGGAGCAAGAGCUUAUGAAGUUUGCUUGAACAAAUUACAUAAAAAUAAUAUAAGCAAAAAACUCAAGCCUAAACGAUACCCAUUUGAUUCUUUUGGGGUGCAGCUUGAAAGAAACUUGCCUAGAAAACUAAGGUCAAACAAAGAGCUAGAAGCGUGGACUUAUUUCGCAUACGGAAAUGAGGCUAAAAGCGUGUUUGAUUUAUCUGAUAUCGCAGAAAAAGCAUAUUUAGUUUAA